AUGUUGAUGUUGACAAGGUUCCUGGGACAGCUCGAUUUCGUCAUUGAUGUUGAGGGACAGGGCGAUACCACUGCUGCGGAGUAUGAUGAUGACCAGGGGAAGAAGAACAAGAUGGGGUCAACAAGAAAGGCGGCCGAAGAGUUGGGAGAGUCAAGUAUAUACUUUAACUGGUUCUACAACACGAAUGAGACUAAAAUACUCAAGUUUAAAGUCACCUCAAGCCAUGCAACUUCAAGGUCACAUCAAGUUCUCAAGCCGAGACUAAAAUACUUCAAUAUCAAAAUAACCUCAAGCCAUCCAAUUUCAAGGCCACGCCAAGUCUUCCUUCCUAGGCUAAUGUACCCAAGUUUCAAGUCACGUCAAGCCUUGAUGUUGAAACAAGUGCGACUGAACACCCAGCGGCCGACAUGUGAAUAUUUGAACAUACGUUUGAAUAUUGUGGAUUUUGUCUCACAAUGGAAAGGUCAUCCGCAGGUUGAGAUAGUGACGGUUCUUAUGAGUGAUACGUCAGGAAUAAUUCGAGGGAAUGGAAUUGUGCUGCAUUCGAGUAGACAUUUUAGGCAACAGUUCAGGCCAGAGAUCAUCCUGGAAAUACCCGAGCCAUGCGAAAGUCAUGAUCACUUCCAGUGCUCGACCGGAGAAUGCAAACCGGGGAAUGUACGCUGUAACUUUCAAGUGGACUGUCCGACGGGGAAUGACGAGUUGGACUGUGGGUAUCAGUGCGACUUCAACAAUCGGACCACGUGCGGCUGGAUCAUUGAGAAACUCACGCCAAAUAUCACCGGAUUAAUCCUGGCAAACGGCAGCAACGCAGACAAGGCACCUAAUGAUUACAUUGUGAUGUUUAAGAGUGAAAACAUGCGGCCUGGUGAUAGGGCCCGCCUCACCAGCAAGUGGUUUAGCAACACGCAGAAGAACGCCGAAUGUAAGCUGCGCUACUACUUCUACAUGAAUGGAUCCCGGCCCGGAGAGCUCGACGUCAAGGUGUACACGCUCAGUGGACGACAGAUAUCGCUGAUGAAAUUCCAUGAUAACUAUCUCAACAGGUGGCACGAACAAUUUGCUGAAAUCGGUGACAUAGCUGAGCCGUUCCGUAUCUUCUUCAUAUUCACACGAGAGGGCGACAGAGGAACAAUCGGCUUGGAUGAUAUUGAGAUACGGUGUAGGGGACAAUACAAAAUCAAAGAAACACCACUCCAAGGUCACUGCCCAAAGAUGAGUUUUCCCUGUUCAACAUCAUUGUGUAAGAACCUGGACCAAGUGUGCGACUUUGAGGAUGACUGUCUAUAUGGGGAUGAUGAGAAUAACUGUGAAGCUUUAGUGCCAAAAGAAGGAAAAUGCACGUUUGAGGAUGGACUCUGUGGCUGGACAAGUAAUGCAGAUGAGGGGUAUAUCUGGCAGCGAGUUAAGGCUGGAAGCACCCGUGACGUGAAAGACAGUCCGUCGUCGCAGCAUAUGACUCCGAGCAUGUCAAAAUUAGAACACUUUGCCAGGUUGGCUAACUUUGGCGGUGGACGAGAUAACAGUCGGGCAGACUAUGAGAAGAACUCGCCAAAAUCUGAGGAUCACACUUUCAAGAAUUCAUCAGGACAUUACAUCAUGAUGACGAAGAACCCAAAGAAAAGUCGCUCUUCUCUCAGCAGCACGUCAUAUUUUGAAAGCCCGCUGUUUCCAGCACCACCGCCUGAGAACUAUUGUAAUCACACCUCGCCAUACUUCCAACUCUGCAAGGUUCGUCUGUUCCUGGCAUCCAGGCACCCUCUGACCUCUCUCUACAUGGAAUUCAAACAAUUGAACGCGACGAAAAAGGAUCGCGAUAUCAUUCCUAAGAGCGUCAAGGCGACCAAUGACGAGACAUUCGUGCGAAACAAGUGGAUACGAAAGAUUGUGAUUGUACCAGAUAAAAUCACAUUACCUUAUCGGAUUAUUCUACGUGGAUACUAUUUCAACACGAACUAUGACAAACUUGUCGUGGAUGAUAUAUCUUUGACGCCAGAGUGCUUCGGAAAAGGAAAGUUCGCCGAGAUUAAUAGUACGGAUUCGAUCUGUAAAGGCCUCGCCCCAAAACCUACUGGUAAGAUCUAUUUACAAUAG